CGAAUCUAGCUCGGGGAGAUCGCUUAUUACUAUUUUGGCUUACCUGUAGUAUCGCGGCAUGGCUUGUCGGUCACGUGUGAUCGGUGACAGGGAAGCCUCCCGAGACGUUGCUCGUUGCACGCAACCGUUGUUUCUUGGACAAUUUAAUUCUUGCGAACGCCGCAGAAACUGCGCCUCUCGAAAGCGGCAAUACCAUUGCAUACCUUGUGUGAAGACAUGGCACUGAGGUACCAACUGCAACUCAUGGGCACACUUCGGAAAGUUCUGCCAACAUGCGGUGGUCUUGCGGCAACGCUGAAUCAACCAGUGCACCAUCAACCCGUUCUGCACAAUGCAAUAAGGCGACCGUUUAUUAUCAGCUGCUGCCGUUAUGCGAAAGGAGCAAAUCGACCUAAGCACUCUGGAAAGGAAGCCAAACCUAAAAUUGCCCUCACCGAUGAUGAACUUGCGGAAGUGGUCCGUAUUCAGAAUUUUCGAUCAGAAAUGCAGAAGGUGUUGCAGCGAUUGCAGGAAAGCUUCAUCAAGCACCUUACUAUAAACUCUGCUGCAGGAAGCAUUGACACAAUACCAGUGCAUGUUGAUGGACAGGAAUACAGCUUGGCAGAGGUGGCCCAAAUAGCCAAGAAGAAUCCCCAGCUUAUUGUGCUUCAUAUGGCCAGCUUCCCUGAUGCCAUCAAGCCAACUCUACAGGCCAUUCAGGCAUCUGGGUUGAACAUUUCCACACAGCAGGAUGGAACGACAGUGUUCUGCCACCUUCCCAAGAUCACAAAAGAGCACAGAGAAUCACUUGCUAAAAAUGCAAAGACCUUAUUUAACAAGGCAAAAGAGGAUCUGCUCGCUAUAGAGCGAAAGUACGUCAAAGAGAUCCAGAAAAAUAAGCAGAAUGCCUCGGAAGAUCUUUCAUAUAAUGCCACAUUACAGGUGAAAAUGGAAAUAGAAAAUACAGUGAACAAAGCUGAUGCUAUGACAAAAGCCAAACAGCAGGACUUGUUGGGAGAAAAGUAGUCCCUUAGGUAUGUGUGAAUGUACUGGAACAGGGGGGAAUAAAUGAGUAGUAGUUGUUAAAAUUGCA